CGAGAGAGGAGGAGUCUCCCAUGAAGACUGUGGCUGUCCGCAUUCCACAGGAGCGCACAGGCAGAUCGAACAGUGCGGUAGCCGCGUUUGUGACCGGCCACAUCACCCUGUAAAUAGUUCUAACUGAUACGGCUGGCACACUGUAGUGUACACUUUAGUGUACAUUUAUGUGCAUAUUUCGUUAAAAAAAAGGACAAUAAAAAAGUUGUUGUUUUUCAUUAGACUUUUCUCGUAUUUACAGCAACUAAUAUCCUCAUAGAAUGACUUGUAUAGCUGUCUGUAACAACCGAUUGAACUGUGAGAGGAGGUGGUGCACCUACUACAUCCAAUAAGGUAAGACACGGCAAUGCUCUUAUGAUUCUUUGGAAAAAUCUGACUUGCAGUUCAAGGUGGAUCUAUAAUGGACAUUUAUAAUAAUGUAUUUAUUUUUUUCGGGCAGCAUAUAUGCGCCGAGCUGCCAUUGCCAUUACCUUAACACUUAACAAUUCUGUAUUUUGUGUUGUGUUAAAUGUCUACAUGUCUAUUAAGCAUAGACGUUUUCAUAUUUGGGCAUGUUUAGUAUGAAGCCAGCGCUUCUUAUUUAAUAUAAUUAAUAUAUGGUUAGUGCAGUAAUCAAAUUUAGAGCAAAUUUGUGAAGAUUUGACAGACAUGAAAGUAUGUGCUUUAUCUUGAAUUAUUUUGUGCAUCAUGAUGCAAUGGAAAUGUUAAUUCAGAAUCUUUGCGUUUUUUUAAUAAUAAUUGUGGAAGAGCACGAAUAGGCAGGCCUACGCCUAGCUAAAUGUGUAGCCUAAUGAUUAUAAUUAUAAUGUUAUUAUCAAUAAUGAUAAUAAUACAUUGAUAAUGUAAUGUAUUAGGCCUAACAAUUGAUAACACACUAAUAAAAAAUAAAAUAAUGCGAUUAAGCAUAGGCUUAUGCGCAUUUGAUAUUUACAAUUUUGACUUUUGUAACGCAGGUACUACACGCAAUUUUUAUCCUAUCCUUUGGAAUAUAAUAAUCAAUUGGGCAUUAUGGUGAUAAUGACGGAGAGCGGCCCGGGGGGCCAGCCCAACCAUACCCAGGGAAGGCCUCUACAGGUCGGCUUCUAUGAGAUCAUCCGCACGCUGGGGAAAGGAAACUUCGCUGUGGUCAAACUGGCAAGGCACAAAGUCACCAAAACACAGGUCAGCAUCCCUAAUCUUUCAUUACCAAUGGUUUCAUAUCAUAUUUGAUACAUUUAUAAAUCACACGGACACAUCUGAAAAUAACAAAAACAUUUGAUAGAAUCAUAUCAGCCUUUCCCAUUGCAUUUGUCCUGGAUAUAGUAGACCUUGAUUUAGUGUGUUUACAGUUUGCUGUGUUGGUUGGUUGUCCACUGCCAGGUGGCCAUAAAGAUAAUUGAUAAGACGAGACUGAACCCAUCCAACCUGGAGAAGAUCUACAGAGAGGUCCAGAUCAUGAAGCUACUUAACCACCCCCAUAUCAUCAAACUCUACCAGGUGUGUGUGUGUGUGUGUGUUAUUUUAGGUGUGUUGACUGACCCCUUAUCCAUCAUGGAUACUGUUGAGUGACUGGGCUGUGUGUUUGGCUACGUGUCCACAGAGAGAGACACGAGCUGAGUGGGUGUUGGGGACAAAUAACACAGGCACAUUAAACAGGAUAGGUAGAGGGAGUAGGGAUGGAGGUGUGGCGGCAAGGAAGAUAUUAAAUGUAUGGAUGAAAUGGAGAGAAAGGAAGGUUUCAGUGUUCAUUAUGGUACAUCUGGGUUUAUACACGAAAUCCUGGGAAACAAGAUCUUAUUAGAAUGUCCCCCAUCUCUCCCACACACACACACACACACACACACACACACACACACACACACACACACACACACACACACAGCCCCCAACGCCUUGAGAUGGCCAGGAAAGCCUGAUGUGUCAUAUGUCCUCCAGAAGACGAUCCACCACUGUGAGCAGAUUAAUACUGAGGGAUAGUCCUCCUAAAGAGACACAGGGCUCUGUGACUCAACAACUCAGAAAGCUAAUCAGCACUUCCAAUCAGGGCUCAUAGUGAUGGCCAGAACUGACAGUGCUGCUGUGCUCUGCAAAGCCAGGGAGACUUCUCAGUUAGAGGAGUCACUGGAUGACUAAUGGCUCUGAGCUGGGUUGUCCCCCUGUUUCAGUUUCUGUGUCUUUAACUCUGUAGGCCUACAGUAUGUCUGCGAGAGCAGUCUCUCCUAAUUUCUUUCUCUCUCUCUCUCUCUCUCUCUCUCUCUCUCUCUCUCUCUCUCUCUCUCUCUCUCUCUCUCUCUCUCUCUCUCUCUCUCUCUCUCUCUCUCGGGGCAAUAGUGAGGGUUGAGCAGGUCAGGUGCUAUUUGAUGAAGGUUGGAGCAAGUUUCUCUGCCCUGAGGGAAACCCUUUUCUCUGUGACACCCCCUCAUCCGCCCGCUGAGGGGGAGGUGUAGUACGGUAAAGGCAACCUUGUGAUCCGGAGGUCACAUCCUCUCCCUCUCAUCCUCCUGUUCCACUAACAGAACAGUGGGGAAUUGGAAAUGAUGCAGACAAUUACACUGAUAGAAGCCACAAUCUAUUUGCAAUAUUAAAGCUGAUCCACCACCCAAAAAAAUAACACCAAAGCGUUGAACCUCAAGCUUUAGAUAUGCUGCUGUUUCGUUUUUUUGUCUGGUCUUUUGUGAACAAAAUUAAACUUUUUUCCCCUGCACUUCUGGAGAUCACCACAAUCUGUUCUUUCUUUCUUUCUUUCUUUCUUUCUUUCUUUCUUUCUUUCUUUCUUUCUUUCUUUCUUUCUUUCUUUCUUUCUUUCUUUCUUUCUUUCUUUCUUUCUUUCUUUCUUUCUUUCUUUCUUUCUUUCUUUCUUUCUUUCUUUCUUUCUUUCUCUCAAACACACACUCCCCCACAUAUCACUCUUCAGGGGCCAGUAUGAGGGACCCUUAAUGUGCCAGACCACUUCCCUGGAAGCCUGUAUGACAUCAGCAGCACCUCUAGGGUGAGAGGGACACAGAGUGGUGCUCAUCUCUCUCAGAUGAAGACUAGAGACUAUGUGGAGCCUCUGUGUCUCCCUAACCAUUACUGCUGCCCAGCACCUCACUGUCUCUCACGCAGUUAGAAAAGUGAAAGAGAAACUGGGUUGGAAAUGAAAUGAGGCUAUGCAAUCACUGCCAGGAGUUCCAGGAAGGGGAUGUGGCCUUUUUUAUUUUUUCUCUUUGUAUUUGCGGUGUUGAUGAGUUCUUGAUACACAAGCUGAGACCUGUGUGUGUGUGUGAAAUUCCUUUCCCAGAAGGAGAGAGAUAUUGUUUCCGUUGACAACUGGUGACAGACAACACAGUUUAGUGGGAACACGGGUUUGAACUGUUGUGUGUGUUUGUGCCUGUGUGGACGCUGUGUUCGUAUCCUAUAAAUAAAGAGCAGGCAGGAAGUGCCUGUCAGCUAUGUUAUGCAACAGUUCAUAUCAUGGAAAGUCAACAUGCCGUGUGUGUGUGUGUGUGUGUGUGUGUGUGUGUGUGUGGUGUGUGUGUGUGUGUGUGUGAGUGAGUGACAGGAGUUAUGGAACAGGAAGGGGGAAGUGUGGUCCGGGGAAAAUUAAGGUUGCCAGAAAACUUCCUCAGUGCCCAGUCCUGGCUCUGCUAAAACACUCACAGAGUGGAAAGUCCUCUCUCCUUACGUCAUCACUGUAUGUUUGUGUGUGUAUAGCCUACUUUUUGCUAACUUCUCUCCUAUGUCUCUCUUUGUGUUUCUCUUAGGUAAUGGAGACUAAAGAUAUGCUGUACAUUGUGACAGAAUACGCCAAAAAUGGAGAGAUGUUCGGUGAGGAACAAAUAAAAUGUUGCUUUGUUGUAAUUGGGUUGGGCACAGUGGAGGCUGCUGAGGGGAGGACGGCUCAUAAUAAUGGCUGGAAUGGAGUCAAUGGAAUGGUAUCAAACACAUCAAAGACGUGGUUUCCAUGUGGUUGAUACCACUCCAUUGACUCCGUUCCAGCCAUUAGUAUGAACUGUCCUCCCCUCAGCAGCCUCCACUGAUUGGGUAGUAUCUUUUUAGGUAAUAAAAGGGGUAAAAUAGAUAUGAAGUUCCUCCCUCACCCAGGAUGUAUAGAUGGUUUGGGCCUCUUAGUCUAAAACGCCCCCUCUCUCCUUCUCUUCCUCUUGUCCUCCAGACUACUUGACCUCAAACGGGCGCAUGAGCGAGGACGAGGCGCGGAAGAAGUUCUGGCAGAUCCUGACGGCGGUGGACUACUGCCACAGACACCACAUCGUUCACAGAGACCUCAAAACUGAGAAUCUUCUGCUGGACGCCAACAUGAACAUCAAACUGGCCGGUGAGUCUGUCAAGAAACAACCCUGGAGCCAGCAGCCAUGGGAAUACAGGAGUCAAACAACCACGAGUUUCACUAACUAACCAAUCUCUUUCUCCUUCCCAUUCAGACUUUGGAUUCGGUAAUUUCUACAACGCAGGCGAGCCCUUGUCUACGUGGUGUGGCAGCCCCCCUUACGCAGCACCCGAGGUGUUCGAGGGAAAGGAGUAUGAAGGGCCACAGUUGGAUAUCUGGGUAAGGGCUAACAGGGAAACUGCACACAAUGUGUUUUGAACCGAAGUUCUACCAUCUUCAUGUCAACCCAAUCAAUACUGAAGUAAAGGGAGAGACCAUUUGUUGAUGUUCUCCUCCUGGUGUCUCUCUCCUCUACAGAGUCUGGGUGUGGUUCUGUAUGUUCUCGUGUGUGGUUCCCUUCCGUUCGACGGGCCCAGCCUCCCCGCCCUCAGACAGAGAGUCACAGAGGGGCGCUUCAGAAUCCCCUUCUUCAUGUCUCAAGGUACCCAUCACUAUGGCAAUUGGAUUGAUAGAUUGAUUGAUACAAUGGUUGGUUUAUAUUAUAUAAAAGCACAUGCUAUAUCAUCAGACUGACCUUGCUUUCCCUUCUCCCUCCCUCCCACCCUCCCUUCUCCCUCCCUCCCUCCCUCCUCCCUUCUCCCUCCCUCCCUCCCUCCCUCUCUCUUCCUCCCUCUCUAUUCCCCGCAGACUGUGAGAACCUGAUCCGUAGGAUGCUGGUGGUGGACCCAGCUAAGAGGAUCAGUGUGGCCCAGAUCAAGCAGCACCGCUGGAUGCUGGCUGACCCCACAGCUCCUCGCCAGACCCUCAGUAUGGCCCUGCCCCUCACAGACUACAACUCUAACCUGGGGGACUACAGCGAGCCCGUCCUGGGCAUCAUGCAAACCCUGGGCAUCGACCGUCAGAGGACCAUUGAGGUGAGUGGCUCAUUGGUUGAUGUGUUAAUUGGUUGAUUGGUUUAUUGGUGUUAUCGUCAUGGAAGGAGGAUUAGAGGAGGGUAGGAGUGAGUGGAGCUGGGCCGUUAUAUAGGUUACAGGUUAUAGGUUAUGUGUUAUAGGUUAUAGGUUACAGGUUAUAGGUUACAUGUUAUAGGUUACAGGUUAUAGGUUAUGGGUUAUAGGUUAUAGGUUACAUGUUAUAGGUUACAGGUUAUAGGUUACAGGUUAUAGGUUACAGGUUAUAGGUUACGGGUUCUAGGUUACAGGUUAUAGGUUACGGGUUCUAGGUUCUAGGUUACAGGUUAUAGGUUACAGGUUAUGGGUUAUAGGUUCUAGGUUACAGGUUCUAGGUGACAGGUUCUAGGUUACAGGUUACAGGUUAUAGGUUACGGGUUAUAUAGUAGGUUACACAGAUCAUAUAGUACCACAGGAAUACAGUAUUUGGAGUACACUGUAAAGACUGAGCUAGUGGGGUUGGGUACUGGGUUGAAAGUGUUGGGGCUUUGAGGCAGUUAGUCAUGUCUGGCAGUAUGUUAUGUUGCCUCUCAGGCAGGCGCCACAGUCAAACACACCCUGGGGCUCUGUACGCCUGGGAGACUUAAUACUAGUUUUGUAGGGAGAAUUAGGGGGAUAACUGGCAUCUGCUUUUAAAGGCUGACACACUGAGCGGUGAGUAGAUGAGCUCCAACAGCAGUCUCUCAGGAGAUUAGUCUGAGAGAGCGCAGUCUGAUGGGGCACAGAGCGCGUGUGUGUGUGUGUCUCUUAUCUGAGAGAGAAAUAUAAAUAGAGAGAGUGAGAGAGAAUUAGGGAGAGGAAGACUAAACACUAAAGACUGACACCCUUUAGACCAAAAUGGCUGACUAACAUGUCCUUGUCUUCUGCCCCAGUCUCUGCAGAGCAGCAGCUACAACCACUUCUCAGCCAUCUACUACUUGCUGUUGGAGAGGGUCAGGGAGCACCGGGCCCAGCAGCUUAGCCGUCAGUGUGGGCCCUGGAGCCAGAGACCCAGGAGCACCUCUGACUCUGGUACCCCAGAGGUCAUCAUGGAGGACAGCUUCAGACCUUCAGCCUACCCCAUUCAAUGCAAGAGCACCCCUCCCAUGCACUCGGAGAUGGAAUAUGACCAAGGUGCAUUGUUUCAACGUGUGGUGUUCCCGGUGGAAGCCAGUCUGAACCGACUGCUGUGUAACCGCUCCAUCUCCCCCAACAGCCUGGUGGAGACCAGCAUCAGUGAGGAGGUGCGGCCCCGCGACCUGGAGGAGGAGGCGGUCACACACACCUGCUCAACCCUUGUCCUGCCCACCACCACCUCCCGGCGACACACCCUGGCCGAGGUCUCUGCUAGCUUCCACCAGUGCAACCCCCCCUGCAUCGUGGUCAGCCCCUCCGACGGUGCGUCAUCUGACAGCUGUCUGAAGUCCUCAUCCACCCCCAACCCUGCUCUGCGCCCCACUGUGGGUGGCCUAUCAGCUGUGCUGGUCUUUGGGACUGACCCCGGGGCUCUGGUCCCCGCCGGUAGCCCACCGGCCCUCUCCUAUCACCUCCUCCCCCAGGCCCAGGCUGCCAGCUUCCAAGAGGGCCGCAGAGCCUCUGACACCUCCCUCACACAAGGUAUGGGUGAUGACAGUUUAUAGGCAUUAGGUAUGCAUCAAUCCCAUCAUCCUCAUCAUCAUCAUUACUACAGAGAAAUGUAUCAGUCAUAUCAUCAUCUAACCAAUCAUCUACCUGUCUCUCUCUUUGUGCGCCUCCCCAGGUCUGAAAGCCUUCCGCCAACAGCUGAGGAAGAACACGCGCACUAAGGGCCUUCUGGGUCUGAAUAAGAUCAAAGGUCUGGCGAGGCAGGUCUGCCCUCCGACCUCCGACCGCAGUAGCCGUGGCAGCCGGGGAUCAAUAAGCCCCACCAUCAGUGAGCACCGCAGCAUGCUGGAGGAAGUUCUACACCAGCAAAGGUAAGAGGGAGACACACACAACCUUACACACGCACCUGCACAUAAAUACAAUCACAGCCACAUAGUCACAGUAAGUGUUCUAACCCCACCUCUCUGUCUCUGUUUACAGGAUGCUCCAGAUCCAGCACCAGCCCCAGCCUCAGUCCCCUUGGCCAGCACCUACCCAGAAUCCCCUGCUUUUCCUGUCCCAGCAGCAGCCCCCCUCCCCCACCUCAGUCUUCACCCCCUCCACCCUGUUUGACACCCCCGCCCCCUCCCUCCUCCAGGGGGAACCCCAACCCCCACUGCCCUCCCACCAGAGCCCCCUGGCUCUCCAGCAUGCCUUCUGGCAGCAUCCUCUGGAGUCAUCUUCCCCCUCCUACGGCUCCUCUUCCUCCUGCUCCUCCUCUUCCUCCUGCUCCUCCUCUUCCUCCCUCUCCCCUGUGUGUUCUGCUGCUUACCUCCUCGAGGCUCGACUGCACAUAAGCCAGCAGUCCAGCCUCUACCCCGAGACCAACCUCCACCCCCAGACCAACCCCCACUACCAACCCCAGGACCAGACCCAGGCUUUCACCCAGGGCCCCUUCCCCCUCAUGCCCUGGCAGGGGAUGUGGAGCUUGGAUUCAGCCUCCGGGAGAGAGUCUGAGAUGCAGGAGCUGGGCCGGGGUGGGCAGCAGCAGCUGAGCAGCUGUGUGAUGGUGAAGUAA